UAUUCAUCUUUUCUUCAUUCUUCAAGAAGAGAGAGAAAAAGGCUGAAAAUUCAAAGUUUUUUCUUCUUUUUUUUUUGGGAGAAAGAUAGUUAUGGUCGUGUUGUUCUUGGUGAAGUUUGGCAAAGUUGUAGCCAAUGGAAGAUUCUAAGAUCAUCAUCAAUCGUCCCAAAAAUAAUCUUGUUCAUUCUCUAGUGUUUCUUUUCGGUUUCUAUUGUUGGGAUUGGGAAUUCCUCACUGCCCUUUUGCUUUUCAGUUACUGCUCCUUCUAAUUUUCCUCUUUUUUAAAAUUUUCCCUAGGAUCUUGUCAAUUAAUUUUAGGUAACUCAUAAAUUAAUAAGCCCAAAUCCCCAAAGGGGGGUUGAUAGAUUUAGAAAAACAAAAGGAUAAAAGAGACAGAGGAUGUCGCAAAGGACAUCGCCGGCGCCGUUUCUGUUGAAGACUUAUCAAUUGGUGGAUGAUGCGGCCAACAACGAUGUCAUAUCUUGGAAUGAAAUUGGCACAACGUUUGUGGUGUGGAAAACUGCUGAGUUUGCAAAGGAUUUGCUGCCCAAAUAUUUCAAGCAUAAUAAUUUCUCCAGCUUCGUUCGGCAGCUUAACACCUAUGGUUUUCGGAAGAUUGUGCCCGACAAAUGGGAAUUCGCCAACGAGAACUUCAAAAGAGGACAGAAGGAGCUCCUCACAGCAAUACGCCGUCGGAAGACCGUGACAUCAACCCCGGCCGGUGGAAAGUCCGUGGCAGCCGGGACUUCAGCAUCUCCGGACAAUUCCGGGGAUGACAUAGGUUCGAGUUCGACCUCGUCCCCAGACUCCAAGAAUCCGGGUUCCGUGGAGACCCUAGGAAAGUUAGGAAAGUUGUCCCAAUUCUCGGACUUGUCAGAUGAGAACGAGAAGCUAAAGAAAGACAACCAGAUGCUGAGCUCAGAGCUGGUGCAGGCGAAGAAACAAUGCGAUGAGUUGGUUGCUUUCUUGAGCCAGUACGUGAAGGUUGCACCCGAUAUGAUCAACCGUAUCAUGAGCCAAGGAACCCCAUCAGGGUCCAGCCUUGAAGAGUUGGUCAAGGAGGUUGGUGUUGUUAAAGAUUUAGAAGAGCAGGGUAGUUAUAACGACGAUGAUCAAGAAGACGAUGACGAAAAGGGUAAUAGUACUCUGAAACUAUUUGGUGUGUUGUUGAAAGAAAAGAAGAAGAAAAGGGGUCCGGAUGAGAAUAUUGAUAUUUGUGGGGCACGUGGUAAAAUGAUGAAAACUGUGGACUAUAAUGGUCCAUGGAUGAAAAUGUCUUCGGCAGCUGGAGAGAGCAGCAAGAUUUGUAACUGAGGUGAAGUUGAUGCAUGUGUUCUUUAAAGGUUUGAGCAGAGUAAUUAGCUUCUCCUUUUUGAUUUACAAGUUUGAUGUUUAUGAAUAAAUAGAGAAUAUAAUUAGUAUGAGUAAGUAUUGGGGUUAGAUUACUGCUAAGUUCGUGUAUACACCACCUUUCAUGGUCGAAAUUUGACCUUUUUUAAUGUGCUACUGUUGGUUGAUUUCACAAUAGAAAGAUAUGUCCAACUGCAAUUGUAGCUCUUGUAAUUUUGCGUGCCCAUAAAUAAAAGUAGGAAUUUUACAAAUUUUAUAGUGUUAAGAGUUACUUAUA